GGUACGGGGAGAGGCGGGUGGUAUGAUAGGGAUCGGCAUCUUUUUUGACGCUCUGGGUUUGAGUCUGAGUCGGUUGGAGGGAUAGUAAUGGCCUGUAUCAUGAGAGUAACCUUUUUUUCCUCCCCCCGUCGGACUUCAAUUGCUGUCGGUUUGCGUAUCAGGUGUGUCAGCGUGGCAACCGAUCGCCGCCGGGGAAACGAACCUCCGGCGUUUCCCAGCAGUCCGGACAAUCAAUGUCCGCCGCUAAGUUUUCCCCUCCGUCGGACAAGAACACCUCCGGGGUGGCGGGCUUCCCCUCUCUACUUAAACAUGUAAACCAGACAGGGGGGAAAUUCGUAGAGUAAACGAGAGAUCACGACUCAGAGAACCUGCAGACACAGAACCCGAUCGCAAUUUUAUAACCGCAACGAUGAAAACCUACAAGAUCGCCACCAUCCCAGCCGACGGCAUCGGCCCAGAGGUCAUCUCGGCCGGCGUCGAGGUGCUGCAGACGCUCAGUGAGACGCUGGGAUCCUUCGGCUUGGACUUUUCGCACUUUGACUGGAGCUCCGAGACGUAUAAGGCGACCGGGAAGUACAUCCCGGAUGGCGGAUUGGAGGAGUUGAAGAAGCAUGAUGCAAUUCUGUUCGGGGCGGUUGGUGCUCCUGACGUCCCCGACCACAUCUCCCUCUGGGGCCUCCGUCUCGCCAUCUGCCAACCCUUCCAACAAUACGCUAACGUGCGCCCGACCCGAGUGCUCCGCGGCACCAGCUCGCCCCUCCGCAACUGCCCCUCCGGCAGCCUCGACUGGGUGAUCGUGCGCGAGAACAGCGAGGGCGAGUAUGCCGGGCAAGGCGGGCGCUCGCACCGCGGCCUCCCGUGGGAAGUGGCCACCGAGACGGCCAUCUUCAGCCGCGUCGGCGUCGAGCGGAUCCUGCGCUUCGGCUUCGAGACGGCGCGUUCGCGGCCCCGGAAGCUGCUGACCGUCGUGUCGAAGAGCAAUGCCCAGCGCAACGGCAUGGUGUUGUGGGAUGAGGUCGCCGCGAGCUUGGCGAAGGAGUUUCCCGACGUGACGGUCGACAAGAUGUUGGUUGAUGCGAUGACUACGAGGAUGGUGCUGAAGCCGGAGAGUUUGGAUACGAUCGUGGCGAGUAAUUUGGUGAGUUUUCUUUCCUUUCUUUUCCCUAUGGAGUAUGGUCCUUGUGUGCCGGCCUGUUUUGCCUGUUUGGGAUGGUGGUGUUUUUUUUUUACCCUAAUUUUUUUACUUUAUUUUUUUCUCUGGCCGGGUUGCAUCAUCCGAUGUUUAUCCUGAAUCCAACGUUAGUAAUUGGUUGGGGGCAAGUGAGACAGGAAGGGAUAUGCAAAAAGCAUUGAUAAUGCCAAUGCAAUCUCUGAGACUGGAAGUUGUCCGUCUGACCAGAAAAAAAAAAAAAAGAAAAGAAAAGAGGGGCACACUCAAGACUCAAUCUACACUCACAAAAAUGAUUGCUAAUCUCCAAUCUAAUAUGAAAUAGCACGCCGAUAUCCUCUCCGAUUUGGCCGCGGCUCUGGCGGGCUCCAUUGGCAUCGCACCGACGUCGAAUCUGGACCCGACGCGGCAGAAUCCCAGCAUGUUCGAGCCGAUUCACGGGUCGGCGUUCGACAUCACAGGCAAAGGCGUGGCUAACCCGGUGGCCACCUUCUGGACGGCGGCGGAGAUGUUGGAAUGGUUGGGCGAGACGGCAGCUGCACAGCGGUUGAUGGAGGUGGUGGAGACGGUGUGUGAGCGAGGCAUUCUUACGGCGGAUCUGGGAGGGACGGCGUCGACGAAGGAUGUGACCGCGGCGGUGGUGGAGCAGUUGCGCUCUUAAUACGGAUAUGCUUAUAUUUUCCUAAAUACUCCGUUACAUACUUUAUCUUGCACAGAAGUUUGACUCUGUAGUCUGUAAACGAAAAGUAGGACAAGUGGUCAACUUGAAAGAUCAAAACUCCGGACUCCGCACAGUCCGGAGAUGGCUAAG